GGUGUUGACUGAGAAUAAUCAACUCUUUGUAUGAAUAGGUCUUCACCUGCGUUCUAACUAAAACACAUUCGCAUAUUUUCGUUAUACAGAUCGGUUGGUCGAAAAGCGAUCUAUUUUCAAGAGGAGACUUAUGGCUGAGCUAGCAGUGGCACUUUUACCGUUUGCAGUCGAGAGGCUUUGGAACCUCCUUGUCCGAGAAACUGGGCGAUUUCAAGGAGUUGAAGAGCAGUUCAAGGGAUUAAAAAAUGAUGUGGAUACGUUAAGGUGCUUUUUGAAAGAUGCGGAGGCCAAGAAACAUUCAAGUGAAAUGGUGAGAAAAGUUAUCAAAGACAUCAAAGAAAUUGUUUUUGAUGCAGAAGAUAUCAUAGAAACCUUUCUUCUGAAGAAAGAACUCGGAGAAUCAAGCAGCAGCAGCGUCAAAAGAUUUGCAUAUGUCACUGUGAAAAGCAUGGUGCUUGGGUUUGAUAUGAAAGCCAUAAGCAAGAGGAUCUCUAAGGUGAUCCUUGAUAUGCAGAAUCUUGGCGUACAGAAAGUAAUCAUCAAUGAAGAGUAUAUGCAGUCUCUGCUGGUAAAAGAAAGAGAAAUGCGACAAACAUUUCCUACAAGUGACGAAGACCAUCUUGUUGGGUUAGAGAGAAGUGUUGAGAGAUUGGUUGGCUAUUUGGUGGAGGAGGAUAGCAGUCAAGUGGUUUCUAUAACUGGGAUGGGAGGUCUUGGUAAAACCACACUCGCAAGACAAGUUUAUAAUCAUGAGACGAUAAAAAGUCAUUUUCUAGGAGGAUUAGCGUGGGUUUGUGUUUCGCAACAGUUUGAAAGGAAGUGUGUCUGGCAGACAAUCUUGCAACAACUCAGGUCAGAAUGCGAUGUGUCAAAGAUGAUGGAAGGCGAACUUCUGAAAGAGAUUGUUCGAGUGCUGGAAACACAAAAGGCUUUGAUCGUCAUUGAUGAUAUAUGGAGAGAAGGAGACUGGGACCUAAUCAAGCAUGUGUUUCUGCCAAAAAAAGGCUGGAAGGUAUUACUUACUUCUCGCAAUGAGGAAGUGGGAUUACAUGCAGACAGACAAUGUGUUAACUUCAAACCAGAAUGCCUAACUUUUGAAGAAAGUUCGGAUCUUUUUCAAAGGAUAGCAUUUCCUAUUAAAGACACAGCUGAAUUUAAGAUUGAAAAAGACAUGAAAGAAAUCGGUAUGGAGAUAAUUAGACAUUGUGGAGGUCUACCACUGGCUAUUAAGGUGUUAGGGGCGUUGUUAGGUAAGAAAUACGCAUUGCAUGAGUGGAAAAGGAUACGUGAGAACAUUAAAGCUCCGACCGUUAGAGGGAGUGGGUCUGACGACAGAAAUUUCAAUUUGAAGGUUUACGGUGUUUUGUAUCUGAGUUUCGAAGAGCUGCCUGCCUAUUUGAAGCAGUGCUUCCUUUACCUUGCUAGUUUUCCAGAAGAUUAUGAGAUACAUACGAAGAAACUUUCCUAUUACUGGGCUGCAGAAGGAAUACUAAGGCCAAUGGAUUUUGAUGGAGCGAGCAUUCGAGAGGUUGUAGAUGGAUACAUAGAAGAAUUGGUUAAGAGAAACAUGGUUAUUUCUAAAAGAGACGUUGAUACUUCAAGAUUUAAAACACUUCAGUUGCAUGACAUGAUGAGAGAGGUUUGUUUACGCAAAGCUGAAGAAGAGAAUUUCGUACAAACCAUUUGCAGAUCAACUGCAAAUUCGAAAUCUCCUUGUAAAUCUCGCAGACUUGCUGUUGUACGUUUGCGUGAUGAAACUUUUAAUGUCGAUAAGGAGGUGAAGAAUCCAAGCCUUAGAACUAUCUUGUUUAUCGACUGCAUAAUAUGGAAGGCAACAAGUUUAUUGUUUACAAGGCAUAAGCUGAUAAGAGUGUUAGAUCUCUCUGAGGUCGAGUUUGAAGGAGGGAAGGUACCCUCUAGCAUCGGGAAGCUCAUCCACUUGAGAUAUCUUAGUUUAUAUGAGACAGGUGUAACUCAACUGCCUUCUUCUAUGCGGAAUCUGAAGAAGCUUCUCUAUUUAAACCUAGCUGUGUAUGGUGAAGUCUACAUCCCCAAUAUCUUGAAUGAGAUGCGAGAAUUGACAUUCUUGUGGUUGCCAAAGAGAUUACAUGAUAAGAUAAAGUUGGAAUUGGGAAAUCUGGUCAAGCUGGAGACGUUGAAGAAUUUCAACACAAAGCACGGGAGAUUGACGGAUCUACAGGGUAUGACACGGCUCAGAUCUCUCUCUAUCUCUAUUACAAACGAGAGUUGUACCACAAAGACUCUAUCUUCAUCUCUAAGUAAACUUUCACGCCUGGAGAGUCUUACUAUAGAUAACAAGAACAAGUUUUAUAAUCCCACGAAUGAUGAUGAAGAAGGAUUUGUUUGGGAUUUUGUUAAUCUCAAACAGCUGUGGUUGGAGAUAUAUAUGCCAAGGUUACCUGAUGCACAACACUUUCCUUCUCACCUUAAAGCCAUUAAGCUAACUUUUUGUCGUUUGAAGGAGGAUCCAAUGCCGAUUCUAGAGAAGUUGCUUCACUUGAAAGAGAUUUGUUUACAAUUUCGAUCUUUCAGUGGGAGAAGAAUGGAAUGCUCAAGGGAUGGGUUUCCUCAACUGCAGAAGCUAGAAUUUAGGGGAUUAGAGGAGUGGGAAGAGUGGAUAGUAGAAGAAGGCUCCAUGCCCCUUCUCCAUACUCUCAGAAUUGACGAUUGCAGAAAAUUAAAGGAGCUUCCUGAUGGGCUGCAAAUAAUCACUAACUUGGAGGACCUGAUUGUUUGUAAUAUGGGAGAUGAGUUCAAUUUGAGAUUGUCGGAAGGAUACUUGCCUUCUCACCUUACAACCAUAUCGCUAAGUGGCUGUCGUUUGACAGAGGACCCAAUGCCUAUUUUAGAGAAGCUUCUUCACUUGAAAGAUGUUAGUUUAGAUUAUCGAUCUUUCUGUGGGAGGAGAAUGGUUUGCUCGAGGGGUGGGUUUCCUCAAUUGCAGAAGCUACAAUUCAAGAGAUUAGAGGAGUGGGAAGAGUGGAUAGUAGAAGAAGGCUCCAUGCCCCUUCUCCAUACUCUCAUAAUUUACUAUUGUCCAAAGUUAAAGGAGCUUCCUGAUGGGCUGCGAUUCAUCACUUCUUUGAAGUGUCUGGUUUUUUAUAAUAUAGGGAAGAGAUGGGAGAAGAGACUGUCGAAAGGAGGAAAAGAUUAUUACAAAGUCCAACACAUCCCUUCUGUUACAAUUCUAUGAUUGAUCUCGGCAAUGAUGAGUCAGACAGCAGCUGAAGGAGACUCUCAGCAAUUACGGACUAUCAGUGGCAAACAGAGAUUUCCAUGGCACACAAGGAGUGGAUGACGCAGUGAAGCUGUUCGACAAAAUGUCUUACUGAGGACACUUGAUCUCCUGCACUGCUUUUAGUUUUUCAAGAGAGAUAGAGAGAUGUAUUUAGGGAAGUGAAGCUGUUCGAGGAAGGUUCUCAUGUAACCUUUGUUGACUGAGAGAGGUGAAAUAUAUUAAGAUUCUUAUAUAUAAGAUUUCUCUUUACAUUUUCUUCCAUCUGUUCUUCUCAAGCGACUAGGCUUUUUGAAAAUUUCCGUAUAGAACUGUGUUGAAACUCUUUGCUUGCCUCUGUAUAAAAGAUUUAUGGAUUUGAUUUAA